GGUCCGUCCACUGACAAGCAGGAGGCCAGUGGCACUCAAAAAAAACUGCCGAAGAUUGCUUUGCUGUUCUUGCCCCGCCCCUAGGGUCCCAUCUCCCCUUGCGACGCGCCCCGCCCCUUCCGGCCCGGUCUCCCCGCAACGCCCUGCACGCCUCUUGCCAUGCCCGGCGCCUCUAGGCUGAGCCCCGCUGCUCCCUCUCCGACGCGGCUGUUGCGCGGCCUCUGCGCCUGGCUGGACAGGCUCCCGCUCAGCCGCCCGAAGCGACACCUGGCUCGGGACUUCAGCGAUGGCGGAAGCCGGGGCGACAGCGGGCAGCGGAGGGACUUUGCUGUACAGGCCAGGCUCACCGUCCUCUCCCACAGUGCUGGUGGCAGAGAUUGUGAAGCACUUUCAUCCACGCCUUGUGGACCUGCACAGCUACAUCCCUGCCUGCAGCACGGACCAGAAGCUCAGCAACUGGAGCCUUCUCAACAGGCAAGGAAAGUCUUCCACAAGCUGCACUUCUGUGUCUCAGAGGCAGAUAUCCGCAAGGUGGUGGCCAACGUGCCUGGGGCCAUCGAGCCCAUUCUUUGCGCACUGAGAGAGAAGGUGGAGGCUGGCACUGUUCAUGCAGGCUCACCCAGCACAACUGGUACAGGACCCUCCUAUGUGAAUGCUGACCAACCUUGCGUGGAGCUGCCGACCUGCACAUACACCGGCCUACCACAUUCACCAGAUCCCUCCAGUGUGAAGACUCUUCAGAACCAGGGAGCUUUGGAGAAGAUGGACUGCUGUGCCUGUGGAUGUGGAGACCCAGCCAGAGAGGCCUGGGAGCACCUAGCCAGGGCCCAGCAGCUGCUGGAGGACAAGGAGCAGGCGCUAGUCAUUCUGCAACAGACAGUCCAGAUUUUACAGAUGAAGGUGAUGAGGCUGGAGAACCUGGUACAGCUGAAGGACCAGCGGAUUGAGGAGCUGAUGAGACCUGGGCCUGAGGAGUGCCAGGGAUCCCCAGGGGAUGCCCUCCUUGGGUCAUCCAGACCCUGAUCUUGAGCCUACCUGAAGCUUCCACCAGCCAGCGCUUCUUCCACACAGCCCUGCACUAUCCUGUCCAGAGGUUCAGAGAGGGCACAGAUGUGGGGGUGGGGUGCUCUGGAGCUACUUGUCCCAGAGAUUCCUGCCAACUCUCACUCCAGAGUUAUGCUACAUGGAGAUUGGUUGGAUAGAGUUUGGAUGUUCUCUGCAGCCAUGGAUGGCUCAUCAUUGCUACAUUUGUGAGCACAUGAGGCCUCAGUGUGUGUAGUAUCUGGGGCUUAGGGUCACACUACUCAGGGUGGGUGGGACCAUUGUAGUCAGCCGUAUGGCUCUGGAAUGACAACCACCCUGGAAUCUGCAGAAGAUGCCCCUGACAGGGGCCCCAGGCAAGUUGUGCCUGCCUGUGCUUGCUGAGCUGUUCUACUGAAGGGAUGUGAGGACAGAGAAGGACCAAGAAAGUGCCCUACCCUACUUCACAGUCACCAGCUUUGUCCUGGAGGUUUUGGGGCAAAAUUAGAUGGAGCCGGGACUUGACUUGGCUGACUGCUCUAGACCUGAUUCCCCCUUGGGCCUGGAACCUGGCUGCUGCCUUCUUGCCUCCAGGAUGGGCCCUUCCAGGCUCAGGAGCCUUGAUAUGGCCAAGAAACUCCCAACACUGAGGUGGGUUGUAGGGCUCUGUCCUGCUGGCUCCUGCACCCAGCCAAGUGGCUUGUACAUCCACAUAUGCCAUUGGGGCAGAGCCGGGUAGGAUGGACUGAAGCACCGCGCCCCCCCACCUGCCUCAUCACAGCUGCCUGCACUGUGGAGUCAGCUUUCCUGUGUGCUCCUGGGCUGAGCCCCUGCGGGGUCCCAGGAAGCAGCAUCAGAAGCCACAGACUUACAUCAGGAUUUCAGAGCUUCCUCCAGAGGCUCACUCAGCCCACUUCCUCCCUGAGUCAGAAAGCGCAUUCCACAGCCCCUGCCAUCCACACUGUGAGUCACCAUGGAGUAGUCGGGAAGGUGGCUCCCUGAUGACUGGCUGUGCUACCUCUGGUCAGCUGGCUGGGGCGUCCUGGUGCCUGGAGCCUUGUUCGGAGCCCUCCCGAGUCCCAGGCAAGGUGGGUCAGGCAGAGGGACAACUUUAUGCACCUGGCACCCAUGGGUUCCUAGUGUCAGGAACAGGGGAAUCUGCUUAAAGCUGCAGAGAUCCCUUCAAGCUGGGGACUCUUACACUGUCAAAUCCACAACUCUCAGGCAGGAAAUACCUAGGGAAGGGCCUGGCUAAGAAAGUCAAAUCAGCACAGGCCCAGGCAGAUUCACAUCUGGCCUCAGCUGUCCUCCCCAGGCUAAGCCUGGGAGCUAUGGAUGAUCUGGCCCUCUUCCCUGCUUCCUAGGGUGGUGAUAGCAAAGGGCCAGCUAUUCUGCUCCAGGUACUUCUGGCAUGGCCACAUAUGUGCACAUGUAUGCAUAAACUCAUGAAUGUGUCACACAUGAAUUCAUCUAGAUAAGGGUUGGUGGGCUCCUUAUAGAGGCAGAAGGUCUGGCCCCCACACAAAUAGGCUUAGAAGGAAGCA